CGAGCGAGCAGCCCCCCGGAGACCAACUUCUCCAAGACCGCACCAGCAAACAGCAAAUCCCUCUUAAACCUCCCGAGCGCACUCCAGCAGUGCCGUCGCCUCUUCCACCUCUCCGCCUUCCCACCGCCGCAAGCGCCGUCGCCGGACUAGUCCCACCUCUGAAAACCCCGACGCCGACGCCGCCAACGGUUUCGGCCUCCCAGGUGAUCUGUCUGCGCCUGCAAAGUUUUGAACUUUUGAUGCUCUGUCGUUAGGCUCUUUCUUCGGAGUCUUCACUCGGUCUCACAUGCUUCGCAUUCCGGGCCAAUGGAGCAGUCUGUUUGCUCCAAUCCAACUGGGUCUUCUUCGGUUGUUCGAAGCAAAGACAUUGGAUCUCUGUAUUCUCAGAAGUGACGAUUUUUUGCUGGAUUCAUUGUAUUUGUUGGAUCCUGCCAAGUGAAAAUAAUGGGAUUUUCCCAACCUUCUGUGUACGCCAAGCAUGAAUUCUAGGGCUCUAUUUGGUCCCAGAAUAGUACAGAAGAUUUCGCAUAUGCAGUUCAGCUCUCGAACAUUGUGCGACCGUGGCUUCCGCGGCGGUAAAAUCAAAGAGGAAUUCGAGUGCGUAGAGGAACCUUUGAAGAAGAUGUGGGUAACCGAUUCUGAUUGCUUUAUGGACGAUGCGCGUAUUUUAAGCGAGUAUGAAUCGAGCGGCGAGGAAUAUUACUCGACGAGGCAGAACUUCUGUGCUAAUGCGAGGGUUGAUGCGGAGAAAGUCCUGCGGAUUCUUCAACAGGAUGGUCCGGGUUUCGAUGUGAAGGUAUAUUUAGAGGAACUUCGGAUAAGAGUUUCGGGGCUUCUCGUGAGGGAAGUCCUUUUGGGCAUAUUGAGAAGCACCGAGUUUGCUAAUAAGAGCAGGUGCGUGAAGCUGGGGUAUAAGUUCUUUGUAUGGUCGGGUAUGCAGGAGAAUUACAGGCAUACGACAGAUGCAUACCACUUGAUGAUGAAGAUCUUUGCAGAGUGCGAUGAGUUCAAGGCAAUGUGGAGACUAGUCGAUGAGAUGAUUGAGAAAGGAUUUCCAACGACUGCUCGGACAUUUCAUAUAUUGAUAUGUACGUGCGGAGAGGUUGGCUUGGCCAGGACAGUUGUGGGGAGGUUUAUAAAGUCCAAGGUGUUUAAUUAUAGGCCAUUUAAACAUUCAUAUAAUGCUAUCUUGCAUUCCCUUGUUACCCUGAAGCAGUAUAAAUUGAUCGAGUGGGUUUAUCAGCAGAUGUUAACUGAGGGUCUUUCUCCUGACAUCUUAACUUAUAACAUACUUAUGUGCGCAAAGUAUAGGCUAGGGAAAUGGGAUCAAUUUCACAUAUUGCUUGAUGAGAUGGGCAGGCGUGGGUUUUCUCCAGAUUUUCAUACAUAUAACCUACUUCUUCAUGUCCUUGGUAAAGGAGAUAAGCCACUUGCAGCUCUUAAUCUCCUUAAUCACAUGAGGGAAGUGGGGCUUGAUCCCAGUGUUCUUCACUUCACAACAUUGAUGGAUGGAUUGAGCCGAGCAGGGAAUUUAGAUGCCUGCAAGUAUUUCUUUGAUGAAAUGAUAAAAAAUAAAUGCAAGCCUGAUGUUGUAUGUUACACUGUUCUAAUCACAGGAUAUGUAGUGGCCGGGGAGCUUGAGAAAGCUGUAGAAAUGUUCAACAAGAUGGUUAUUGAUGGACAGCUACCAAACGUGUUUACUUACAAUUCCAUGAUUCGUGGGUAUUGUAUGGCUGGUAAUUUUGCAAAGGCAUGUUCAGUGUUGAAUGAAAUGGAAGCAAGAGGUUGUAAUCCUAAUUUUCUUGUAUACAGCACUUUGGUGAGUUAUCUGCGCAAUGCCGGCAAGCUUCCUGAAGCUCACUCGGUAAUAAGACGCAUGGUGGACAAGGGGCAGUAUGUCCACCUGGUUUCAAAGUUUAAGGGCUAUAAGAGAUGUUAAGUUUUGUGCAAUGUAUGGAUGGAUCCUCAGGGCGAUACUUGAAUUCAGUGCCACAGACAUUGUGUACAACAGGGACACAGAGUAAAAUUUAUUGCCACUACAAGAGAGCCGUGCAGAAGGUUUCGGGCCUAUGCUGAUGGGCUAGCAGCUUAAUUUAGACGUGUCUGGUGAGACCAGGUAAGCUUUUGUCUUCUCAGAACAUCGGCACUUACGACUUGGGAUCUGCUCCCUUCCUUCUGUGUUCACAUACUCUAUCAAGACACCAUCUUUAUGCACACACCUAUAGGAUAACGCAGCCCUCAAAACUUAUGCCUGAAGGGGAUUGAAGCAUCUCUAUCCCCAUUAGCGAUGUCUCAUGGCUGAGAUUAUCCUUUCAAGAUGGCCAAACAAUCUGGAUCAAGAUUCCAAUUGGCUAAUGUGUGGUUUAUAUGACUGUUCCUUUUCACUGAAGAGCAGUGCCCUUUAUUCAAUCUCCUGCUAAACCAUUCAUCCCCCUAGUUGGUAAGGUUAGAUUGGCACAUUACACAAGCUAGAACACCAUAGGCAUUUUCUUGUUUUUCUCCCAGUGGGGUUGUUCACAUCCUCUGUAUUGUCAAAGGCAUCUCAAUUGAGAUGGCAAUCAAGUAUCUACAAAGUCAUUUACCCGA